GGGAUUGUAUAUUGAUGUCUUCAGAUUCUGAUUUCUGAGGCAUGAAAGUAAAGGAGGAGGAGAAUGGCAUUGAUGGGGGAGGACGGGCGAGGCUACGAGCUUGCGAGAAAACUGGAGGGCUGUGGCGUGUGGCGGUCAUGGCUGGGCGAAUCGAGUUACACCAACUUCGCUCAUUUUCUCACCUCCCCGUCCACUUGGGAAGCUUUCAUGAGAACCGACGAUUCCAAAACUAGGGUUCAGAUCCAACUUCAGCUCAGGGUUCGCGCUCUUCUCUACGAUAAAGCCAGCGUCUCCCUCUUUCUCCGCUCCCAUCUUUCUUCUUCGUUUUCCUCCCCUUCAUCGUCAUCUUCGUCGUCGUCGUCAUCUGCUGCUUCUUCCUCUUCAUCCUCUUCUUCGUCUUCUUCUACUGCUGCUGCUUCUCCUUCCAAGCUCAACCCCUUCUAUUUACAGUUACACGGGGAUGAUGUAUACUUUUGUUUAGAAGACCAUUCACGCAAUAGAGGUGUUCAACUGCCAGAAGGUUCAGCUCCUAGUAAUUCGGUACAGUCUUCUAAGAUCCAAUCAAAACUAGCAUUUGGUGUUGGAUCAAGAUAUGUUGAACCAGGGGUUGAUAAUAUAUCCGAGAAGCCUGGGCAUGAUGACUUGCCUGAAUCAUGGUAUAAUCAAUUUAUUAAGAAGUACAGAGAUAGCAGACAAAAUAUUUUGCCAUUUGGGGAUCAGGAAUCACACAAGCGUUCACCUGAGGGAAUGUCUACUUACCUCAGACUUCUUGAGAAGCAUAAGAGGCAGCGGCAAGCAUUCAAGGAGGAUCAGAGUGUAGGUUUUGGGAAUCCCAUUUGGGAGAAUGGGUCAAACAUGCAUUCAGUUUCUGUUUCAGAUGGCAAUAGCUCAAUGGAUGAUGAAACAUUUUUCCCUGAAACAAUGUUCUCAUUGAACUGCGUGCCUGAUAGUGCACUACCUCCCAUAAGUAGAGCAGAAGACAAUAAAAAAAUAGAGUUUUAUGGGGUCCUUGACUGCUUACCUCAUGUUGUGACUCGGAGUCCUGCAAUGAUGGAAAGGUUUGGCAUAAGGCCUGACUACCUAGGGACAGGAUUUGAGAGAAGCAAAUACAGGGGCAAGAAUGGGCUUGAACUGAACAGGAAACCUCUUGGUCAAGAACAAGCAUUGCGAAUGUCUCAAAAGGUGAUAGCUCGUGUAUUGGUGACUUUGGGGUUUGAAGGUGCAACUGAAGUUUCAGUGGAGGUCUUAUCACAGUUUCUCAACUGUCACAUCUGUAAACUUGGUCGUACAUUGAAAGUUAUCACUGAUAGUUACAGAAAACAGUGGUCUGCCAUUGAAAUUCUCAAAAUGUUCCUUCAGACAUCAGGCUAUAGUGAUCUUGGGGCUUUAGCAGAAUAUGCAAAAGAGGGUAACAGGACAUUCACACAACAAACACCGCAGAAUCUAAGAGGACUACAAUCAGGGUUCCAGUCCCAGCAUCAGAGUCCCAAUCUACAACCCCAGCAAUUCCCAAGACAAAUGCAUCCUCACAUGCAGAUGCAGAUUAUGCAUCCCCAGAAUCUGGCUUUUCAGCAGCAGCAGCAGUGGGAGAGAAUGAGAAGACGCCAACCAUCAACUCCACGCUCUGGUAUGAGCAUGGAUAAAGAGAGACCCCUUAUGGAAGUUAAGAUUGAGAAUGCAACCGAAUCACCAUUUGACGGGAACUCUUCCAUUGUCAACGGUAGACACCCCCAGAUGCAAUUCCGGCAGCAGCAACUGGGUGGUAUGGCUAACCUCCCUGCUCAAUCCAGCCAUCAGUUUAAACAAUUGGCUUCCGGUCAAAUCCCUCAAAUCCAGACACAGAACAUGGUCAUGGCGAGGCCCCCACCGGUGAAGGUUGAGGGCUUUCAGGAGUUGAUGGGUGGAGAUGCAUCAUUGAAGCAUGAUUCUGAAGAGCACAAGCUAACUUCCCCGUCCAAAUAGUAUGUUCAUAUUUUGUUUCAAGCCCCCCUACAUGGCUACAUAUUCCAUAUAGUGGUAUGUGAUCUCGGAAUGUGCUUUGCCAGAAUUACUUGUUCACCAACAUAGAUCAUGGAAAUUUCCCGCAGUUUCUGUUUUGUGCUCUACCCUUACAAAAAUAACCGAUGUAUAGUCUACUGGGAAAAGAAUCUAUUUUAUUUUACAUGUGUAGUUCUAGAAUCAUCUUCUUUUAUGAAUUUUGAUCACAGUGAUCACAAGAAUAAGACCUCCCUUCUGUGUGCCAUAAAAGUUGACAUGAUUACAGUAACUCCUUGUUUGGUG